AUACACAUUGGCGAACCGGUAGGGAAGGAAAGGCCCAGGGGAGUUUACAAGGAAGCUGUAUAAAGAAGCAACCAGAGUUCCACAUGCCCAGCUGAAAAAUGCUGCAGAACAGGCUGCAUGGUUUGGUCUGAAAACAGGAAACCAUAUCCUUGACAGAGGGGGUAUUUAAGAGACUUCAAUGAAAGGCCUGACAUCAUCAUUUGAUCCGGAGAAGACACAGUCUUCAGGACUCAUAACUGAAAAGAAGGGAACAAGAGUUUAUACCGGUCAUGUCUCUUUCUGCUGGCUUCCAAUUUAGUUUGAACUUUCUACAAGCAAAGAAAGUCCUCCAGAAACUCACAGGACUCUGUUGCAUGCUCCUGUUCACACUGUGCCUUUUUGCUGAUCAGGAAAAUGGUGGAAAGGCUCUGGCUUCACUCCCUGGAAAAUGGAAGAAAGCUCAUGUGGCGUUUGACUCAAACACACCAUUUCAAUCACUGGUUGUGUCGCCAGGCAAGAAGACUGUGGAAAAUGUGGGUGGCCCCCAAGUUGUGCCAGACAAUCCAGAGAGAUUCAAUAGCAGCCCCUGUGCGCUGGGAUCUCCUGGAUUCCGAUCAGGGAAACAUUUCUUUGAAGUGAAGUAUGGGACACAAAGGGAAUGGGCUGUUGGGCUAGCCGGGAAGUCUGUGAAGAGAAAAGGAUAUCUCAGACUUGACCCCGAAGAACAGAUUUGGCACUUUCCCAUACUUCACUUCAAAGAAGUGGCUUCAAAGAAGUGGCUUCGGCGAUCGGAUUCUCACAACAGUUCUAGAAAGAUUAUUGUCUUUUUGGAUUACAAUGGGGGAAAAGUGAUUUUUAAAAGGAAUGGUGAAGUCACUACCAACAAGGCCAAUUUCAAUAGGGAGGAAGUCCUACCCUUUUUCUAUAUAGGGGGCACUGUUUCACUCACAAUUCUUUAAGGAGUUACAAUUCUUGAUUAAAACAAAGGGCUCCUCUCUACACAACCUUUGCAAUGCCUGUUUAAGCAUUUAAUAAUCUCUGGCUUUGGGAGAAUAAUCAUGUACAGGUAGUCCUCAACUUACAACAGUUGGUUUAAGUGACUGUUUGAAGUUACAGCAGCACUGCAAAAAUAUAACUUCUGGCAAUUUUUCACACUUAUGACUGUUGCAGCAUUCCCAUAGUCACGUGAUCAAAAAACAGUCACUUGACAACAGCCUCAUAUUUAUGACGGUUGCAGUGCCCAGGGUCAUGUGAUCAGCUUUUGUGACCUUCUGAGAAGCAAAAUCAGUGGGGAAGCCAGAUUCACUUAACAACCGUGUUACUAACUUAACAACUGCAGUGAAUCACUUAACAACUGUGGCUAGAAAGGCCAUAAAAAUCAGGCAAAACUCACUUAAGAACUGUCUCGCUUAACAACAGAAAUUUGGGACUCAAUUGUGCUCAUAAGUCGAGGACUACCUGUCCCAUAUGUCCCUCCCCAUCUCCAAACUGCCAAGAGCAUUUAAAUUCCAAAUUUAUAAGGGUUUGUUGCCAUAAAACGUAUUUAUUUACUCGCGCUGGGCUGGCUUAAAUUUUAAAUUGUUAAAUUUAAAUUUCUAGAUGAAUUUUAAGGGUUUUUAGAUUUUAAAUGUUUUUAAA